GGUAAUGCAGGUGGCCUCGAGAUGAGCGACGAUGAUGACAAUGGGGUGUUGGUAGAUUGGGCGGGAUGGAGAUGUGGCACCGACGCCAAGAGAGAAUAUGUGAGAGGAAAAUAAUAGAGGGGAUGGAGUGGUUAUUUUCAAUGAUCCACAAUGAUAAAAGAAAAAAAUUAAAAAUAUCAUAUGAUAGUGGAAAAAGUUCAAAGUGGUAAAGAAAAUGUUUUCGUGAGGCACAAGUGAUAUGUUGGCACAGCAUAUCAUUUAGGAAGUUGUAAUUCCAUAGAGUAACAACAAAUUAAUUAACCCCCUCUCGGCAGGCAUUCACCGCACAGCGAAUCCAAUUUCUCAGCAGCCAACCACAGCACCCGAGGGAUCUCCGUCCGCGCCGUGCUGCCUCCUCGGAGAUGACGCUCAGGCGCCUCCUUGGCCUCUCCGCCGCCGUCUCCGGCCACCGCCACCGCGGCAUCUCCACGGCCGCCUCGCGCCCUCCGUGGGCUAUGGUCUACUGGUCCACAAAGCUAAAGACGGCGGCGCCUCGCGUGUCCCUCGAGCUCGCCGAGGCCCCGUGCAUCUCCCACCUCAUCGUCCCCGCCCACCUCGUCCACACGCGGCCCGGCCCCGACCCCGACAGCGACGACAUAAGCCUAGCCUUCAGCGGCUUCGUCAAAGCCUCGAGCGGCGACGGCCUCCUCCUCCUCAACUUCUUGGAUCUCCGCGGCACAGCUCCCGUCGUCUCCACGCACGGCAGCACCCAGAGACGCAAGUUGACUGGCGUCAGCCUGGACCCCGACGUCACGCUCUUCGUCUGCAAUCCCCUGACUGGCCAGCUGUUCCGCCUCCCGGACAUGGACGGCAAGAAAAAGACACUGUCCAUCGCGGGCAUGGGCAUCCUCACCCAAUCCGAUCGCCCGCACCGGCCGCCUGAAAGGUUCGCUGUCGCCGAGCUCAGCGACGAGGACCACUGGGAGCGGAGCUUCGUCAUGCGGCGGUUUCUCUCGCAAACAGGGAAGUGGGACAAGCUAGCGGGCUUGCCGUCCCCACUCCCUUUCGCGCGCCGGAUGGACAUUGACCGGGAUGUGCUCGCCUUCGCCGGCCGGCUGUGGUACGUCGACAUCAGCUGGGGCGCAAUCUCCGCCGACCCAUUCAGCGACCGACCGGACCUCCGCUUUGUCGAGCUGCCGAGGGGCAGCGUGACAGAGCUCCCGAAGGGCGGGGAGCGGCCGGAGCUGGAUGGGUACCGCCGCAUGGGGGUCAGCGAGGGGAAGCUGCGCUACGCCGAGGUGUCCCAGAAGGAGCCUUUCGUGCUCAGCUCGUUUGCCCUUGACGGCGAUGGCAGCUGCUGGACGCUGGAGCACCAGGUGGCGCUUAGCCGACUCUUGCCGCAUGGAGGCCUUCUAACUGGGGAGGGCACGCCACGGAUUGGCAUUUUUGACCCAAUGAACGCAAGCGUCAUGCAUAUCACAAUCGGCAACCAGGUUUUUUCCGUAGACAUGGACAGGGGGAAGGUGCUUGCGUGUUCGCUGACAGGCCCAUCGUUGCAGUCUGGUUUAUUACUUAAAUCAUGUGUGCUCCCACCGUGGCUUGAAUCAAGCCGAAUCCCUUCUGCAGGAACUCUUUCGAGCAACAAGGCCAAUGUCAAAAGCAAGACCUUAUCAGACAUUUUGGUUCGUGUAGACAUGGACAAGAAGAAUUGAGAUGAAGCAGCAAAUGCGUCACUUGGUUUCGUAGAAAUGAACUGACAGAGGUGUUUUAACGAAUUGGGAAGAUGGAUGGUAGCUUGCUGAACUCUCAUUUUGGGGAAGCUCUGGAGAAGUUAGGGUUUACUGGCCCUUGCAAUUUAGCUAAUUUGUCUUAUUUUCGGAGAGCGUCUGGAAGAGGUUUUUGUUUUGUUGGGGUUUUUCUUUGAGAACUUUUACGGUACACUACAC